AGUGUCGGGCGCAUCAUAAAGAAUGUGAUUUCCACCGGAUGUGUCUUUCUCGACAACUUGAGAGUCGUCCUCACUUUCAGCUCGUGAAGGACACAUCAGCCGUCCGGACGUCGCACUUCCUACAUUACGACCGGAGUUUGCAGCCAUGGAAAAGGUCGAUGGCAAGAACUCGAACCCCGCGUUGGCGGCGGCCACGCCAGCCACGGAUGUCGACAUCGGAUCCGUCGAGAAGCACCCGCACGACAAGAUGCUGCAACACGCACACGAUGCGGAUGAGGCCCUGAAAGCGUUCUCCGGUCUGGGGGGCGAGAGCAUCGAGGUCGACGAAGCGACAAACAAGAGGUUGCUGCGCAUCAUUGACCGGCAUAUGAUGCCAUUGAUGUGUCUGGUUUACGGCAUGAACUAUCUUGACAAGACAACCUUGUCAUACGCAAGCGUAAUGGGAAUCAAGACGGACAUCAGCUUGACGGGGGAUCAGUACCAGUGGCUUGGGAGCUUGUUCUACUUUGGGUACCUGGCUUGGGAAUACCCCACGGCCCGGCUUCUCCAGCGAAUGCCUCUGGGCAAGUAUUCGGCAGCCUGCAUCAUCAUCUGGGGCCUCAUCCUGUGCUGCUUUGCGGCGGUCAAGAACUACUCUGGCGCUAUUGCGAUCCGCUUCUUCCUGGGUGUGUUCGAAGCUGCCGUAACACCGGGCUUCGCGCUCCUCACAUCCCAGUGGUACACCAAGAGAGAGCAAGGAACCCGCGUGGGGAUCUGGUUCAGCUUCAACGGCUGGGGACAGAUCUUCGGAGGCCUGGUGGCAUAUGGCAUUGCUGUUGGGGUGCGCAAACACGGAUCUGCCAUCGAACCGUGGAAGAUUGUCUUCUUGGUGACGGGCCUCCUGACCGUCGCGCUGGGCGUCUACUUCCUCUACCUCAUUCCUGACAGCCAACUCAACGCACGCUGGUUGAAGAAAGAGGACCGCAUUCUGGCCGUUGCGCGCGUGCGCGUCAACCAGCAGGGAAUCGGCAACAAGCACUUCAAGUCGUAUCAGCUGAAGGAGGCUCUGCUCGACCCCAUGACCUGGGCCUUCUUCUUCUACGCUCUCGUGGCCGAUAUCCCCAACGGCGGUAUCACCAAUUUUUUCAGCCAACUGAUCGUCAGCUUCGGCUACACCCCAGAACAGAGCCUGCUCUACGGAGUGCCCGGCGGAGCGGUGGAGGUUGUUGCGCUGAUCAUCAAUGGCUACCUCGGCGACCAGUUCGGACAGCGCCUGCUCUGCAGUUCCGGGGGCCUGGUGUGUGCCAUCGUGGGCAUGGUUCUCAUCGUCGCCCUGCCGCUGUCCAAUAACGUCGGCCGUCUCAUCGGAUACUACAUGACCCAGGCCAGCCCGACCCCGUUUGUGGCGCUGCUGUCGCUCGUGUCGAGCAACGUGGCGGGAUACACUAAGAAGACCACCGUGGCGGCGUUGUAUUUGAUCGGAUACUGUGUCGGCAACAUCAUCGGUCCGCAGGUCUUUCGUCCCAAGGACGCGCCACGAUAUGUGCCCGCCGAGAUCACCAUUAUUGUGUGCUGGGGCGUCUGCUUGCUGGAUCUGUACUUCAUCUGGUGGUGGUACCGUCGUCAGAACGCCAACAAGGAGCAGGCUCGUGCGAAUCCCGGCUAUGUCAGGCUGGAGAAUCAAGAAUGGCUGGAUCUCACGGACAUGGAGAAUCCCGAGUUCGAAUACACACUUUAGCAGAGCUGCAUUCGGAGUAGUAUGGCUAGUGGUUGAUGAAAGCUCUUCCACCAUCUAUUCCUUUACACGAACCAGCUGCUGAAUGUUGCGAUGUCACGAGAUCUUGACU